AUGGCGCCCAAGGCGGCCGGAGCCCGAGUGCCCCUGGCGGUGACCGUCUUCAUGGCGGUCGUGACGACCAUGCUGCUGCAGCCCGCGGCGGCUGGCCUGUACGGCGACCGUGACGCGCUCAUGGCCCUGCGGAGAGGCCUACAGGACCCUGACGGCGCGCUGUAUACCUGGAUCCCGGAGGUGAGCCCCUGCAGCAACUGGUCCCACGUCACCUGCAACGGCCAGGCCAACCGCGUCACCGAGAUAGUAAUCGGCUUUGUGAACCUGACCGGACCUCUGUCGCCGGAGCUGGGCAAGCUGGACCAGCUAACCAAACUGUGGAUUUCGUACACCAAUAUCCAAGGAACGAUCCCUGAAGAGCUGGGCAACUUGGAGAACCUGAACACCAUGCAUCUGCACAACAACAGCCUCUCGGGGCAGAUACCUGCAUCGCUCGCGAAACUCAAGUCUCUGAAACAGCUGCACCUUCAACAGAACCGCUUGACCGGCCCGAUCCCCAGCGAGCUGGAUGGGCUGUCCGACCAGACGAGCGUUAAUCUGUCAAACAACGAUCUGUGCGGCCCGAUUCCGACGGAUGGUCCCUUCAAGAACAUCAAUUCCAGCCUCGCCGACAACCCGCGGCUGGGCAGCAACUGCUAG